CGUUUAUUUCCUGCAUAAUUCCCCUCUCUGUCUUCUCUGUGUUUCCUUUCUAUGUGUCUGUAUUAAAUUCAUAUUUCAGUGGUAAGAAAAUAAAUUCGGUACUUCCCAUUUAGACGUUCCUGCAAUUUCCCCAAUUCUCCUCCGCCUCUUCACUCAACUUCCUACGCGGACUUCAUUUCUGCACCGGAAUCCAAACUCGCCGGCGUUUCUCAUCCAAUCGACUGCAUAAACCAGGCGCGGCGACUGGCGAGUACCGAGCCAUGGUUCUGGCUCGACUCCUCGCGGUUUCUCUCUUCGCUCUCUGCUUCGUAAGCCUCGCUUCCGGAGCCGGCCGGUUGCCGCUCGACGAAGUUGAUGCCUUGCGAGAGAUCGGAGAUACAUUGGGGAAGACGGACUGGAAUUUCGACGCCGAUCCGUGCGGCGGCCAGGGUUCCGGUUGGAUAUCUCAAUCGAACCAAUUCGAUUUGAAUUUUGUUAAUAAUGUCACCUGCAACUGCACGUUCAUCAAUGGCACCGUCUGCCACGUCACCAGGAUUCUUCUCAAGGCGCAGAGCCUUCCAGGUACACUGCCACCACAAAUAGUCAGGUUGCCUUUCCUGGAAGAACUUGAUCUGACCCGCAACUAUCUCAGUGGCCGAAUUCCUCCAGAAUGGGGUUCCACCAAGCUUGUCAAAAUUUCCCUUCUUGGAAAUCGGUUGACAGGUCCAAUCCCAAAGGAGAUUGGAAACAUCAGCACUCUCACAGAUUUGGUCCUGGAAAUGAAUCAGUUAUCUGGGAGUAUACCUCCAGAACUUGGAAAUUUGACCAGUUUAUCAAGAUUACUUCUUACCUCAAACAACUUUUCUGGGGAGCUACCACCUUCACUGGCAAGGAUAACCUCAUUGACGGACUUUCGAAUCAGUGAUAAUCACUUCUCAGGGCCAAUACCUAAAUUUAUUCAGAAUUGGACGAAUCUUGGAAAAGUAGCUAUUCAGGCAAGCGGGUUGAGUGGGCCAAUUCCUUCCGAAAUUGAACUUUUGACAAAAUUAACUGAUGUGAGAAUCAGUGAUUUGACUGGAGCUUCGUCACCCUUUCCACCCCUAAAUGCUUUGAAAAAUUUGAAAGUCCUGAUAUUGAGGAAUUGCAAUAUAACUGGGGUGCUGCCGAACAAUCUUGAGGGGAUUUCAGCUUUGAAAACCUUAGACUUCAGCUUCAACAAAAUAACCGGCCAAAUACCUGCCAACUUUGAAGGUUUAAAAAAAGUGGAUAGCAUAUAUUUGAGUGGGAACUUGCUGAAUGGAUCAGUGCCUCCUUGGAUGCUACAGCAAGGAGAAAGCAUUGAUCUCUCUUAUAACAAAUUUACUUCGACAAAUGUUCAGAGCACUGGUUGUCAGUCACGAAACACAAACCUGUUUGCAAGCUCUUCACAAGAUAAUAAUUCCAAUGGAGCUGUUUCAUGUUUAUCGGGCUCCACUUGUGGAAAACCUCGGUACUUUCUAUAUAUCAAUUGCGGUGGGGGCCAAGUAUCAAUUAAUGGAACAAAGACAUUUGAAGCAGACAUAAAUACUGGAAAAUCAUCGUUGUUUGCUUCAUCUGGGGCUGGAAAUUGGGGAUUUAGCAACACUGGAAAUUUUAUGGAUGAUGAUCGCACGACAGAUGACUUUAUUGCACUAAAUUCAUCAACUCUCUCAAUGCCAAAUCCUGAACUGUACAUGAAAGCGCGCAUUUCUCCAAUCUCUCUUACUUAUUAUGCAUAUUGCAUGGGAAAUGGAAACUACACAGUAAGCCUUCAUUUUGCUGAGGUUGUGUUUACUAGUGACAAAUCGUACAGAAGCCUUGGUAGACGCAUAUUUGAUGUCUACGUUCAGGGAAAGCUGGAGUUGAAGGAUUUUAAUAUUGCAGAUGCAGCAGGUAGUGCUGGCAAACCUAUUGUGAAGAAAUUCACUGUUUCUGUGACUAACGGUACUAUAGAGAUCCGCUUAUUUUGGGCUGGGAAGGGAACAAAUGCAAUCCCUGUGAGAGGAAGUUACGGUCCUUUAAUUUCAGCCAUUUCUGUUGAUCCUGACUUUGUGCCACCAUCAGAAGGUGGAAAAUCCAUAUCUCCCGGUGCAGUGGUUGGAAUUGUGUUUGCUGUGGCCUUUGUUAUCUUCUUGGUUCUUGGAGUCCUGUGGUGGAGAGGCUGCCUAAGAAAGAAAAGCACACUAGAACAAGAGUUGGCGGGUCUAGAUCUAGGAACAGGUUCAUUUUCAUUGAGACAAAUCAGAGCUGCCACUAACAAUUUUGAUGCUGUCAAUAAGAUCGGAGAAGGUGGUUUUGGUCCUGUUUACAAGGGUGUUCUUGCAGAUGGCACUGUAAUUGCAGUGAAGCAACUUUCUUCAAAAUCGAAGCAAGGAAAUCGUGAAUUCGUGAAUGAGAUAGGCAUGAUAUCUGCAUUGCAGCACCCUCAUCUAGUGAAGCUCUAUGGAUGUUGUAUUGAAGGAAAUCAACUUUUGCUGGUGUAUGAGUACCUGGAAAAUAAUAGCCUUGCUCGUGCCUUAUUCGGACCUCAAGAAUGUCAACUGAAAUUGGAUUGGCCAACAAGGCACAAGAUUUGUGUUGGUAUAGCCAGAGGUUUAGCAUAUCUUCACGAGGAGUCCAGAUUAAAGAUCGUCCACAGAGACAUCAAAGCUACCAAUGUUUUGCUAGAUAAAAAUCUAAACCCCAAGAUUUCCGACUUCGGUUUGGCCAAGCUUGAUGAAGAAGAAAAUACACACAUCAGCACCCGGGUCGCUGGAACCUUCGGGUAUAUGGCACCAGAAUAUGCAAUGCGAGGCUACUUAACUGACAAAGCAGAUGUUUACAGCUUCGGUAUCGUGGCGUUAGAAAUAGUCAGUGGUCGAAGCAACACAAGUUACCGAACCAAGGACGAUUGCUUUUACCUUCUUGACCAUGCUAAUACUUUAAAAGAGAAAGACAGUUUAAUGGAGCUAGUCGAUCCACGGUUAGGCUCUGACUUCAACAGGACAGAGGCGAUCGCGAUGAUCAAUGUUGCUCUCCAAUGCACCAACGUCGUUUCUGCAGACAGACCCGCCAUGUCAUCAGUGGUGAGCAUGCUGGAAGGGAAGGUUGCUGUGAAGGAGGUGGUUUCAGACCCCAGUAUCUCAAAACAAGAUAUGAAUGCGAUGUGGAGCCAGAUUUAUCGCCAGAAAGGACAAACGACAGGCGAGAGCCAGACGCAAAGUAUGUCGAUGGAUGGACCAUGGACUGGUUCUUCAACAAAUGCCAGUGAUCUCUAUCCCAUCAACAUGGAUUCUAAAUACUUGGAGAAUAGGAACUAGGAUUCAUAAUAUGAUAUUACUUUAUCCUGAAUGGUUUUUACUCACAUGUAAUAUGUUUUGCCUUCAAAUGCUUUAAUUAAUGUUAUUUUUUUUCUCUUUUUGUUUUCUGUUCUACAAAUUUAAGUGGCAGUACCAAGCCAAAUGGCCAAUUUCUUGUCGAUUAUUGUAUAUUUGAAAUUCUUAUUUAAUUAGUUGUUGAAAGUGAUGUUUAAAAUGUUCAAGCUA